GCACCUCCCCCCCGCCUCUCCCCUCCUCUCGGCGCCCGGCCCGCCCCGCCCCCCCAGUGAAUCCCAGAAGAAUCUGGAGAGUUCCGAGGACGGGCGGCACCCUGGACGCUGAUUGGUCCCAGGAAGCCCGGGGGCAGGACGGGAGGCGAAACCCCUGGAAUAUUCCCGACCAGCCAGCCCCGCCGAGCUCGGUGAUUGGCUGAAGACGGAAAAGGCGGGGCUGGCGGGUGACUUAUAAAAGCCGCGCUGAGCACCCGCCGCAAGCAGCAGCCCGAGGAAAGCGAGGAGCAGGGGGCGGGCUUCCCAGCGUCACUCCGCAGCUCCUAAGGCCUCCGGCGCGGCGCGUCCAGUUUCCAGUUUUCAGAAGAAACCGAGGUCCUGUCGCGGAUCGCGUCCUACGACUCGACUCGCAGAUCGCCCGAGCGUCAGAGCAGAGCCGAGAGAGCGAGGCACCAGCAUGGCCAAAGCCACGGCGAUCGGCAUCGACCUGGGCACCACCUACUCGUGCGUGGGGGUGUUCCAGCACGGCAAGGUGGAGAUCAUCGCCAACGACCAGGGCAACCGCACCACCCCCAGCUACGUGGCCUUCACGGACACCGAGCGGCUCAUCGGGGAUGCGGCCAAGAACCAGGUGGCGCUGAACCCUCAGAACACAGUGUUUGACGCGAAGCGGCUGAUCGGCCGCAAGUACGGCGACCCGGUGGUGCAGUCGGACAUGAAGCACUGGCCUUUCCAGGUGAUCAACGACGGGGACAAGCCCAAGGUGCAGGUGAGCUACAAGGGGGAGACCAAGGCGUUCUACCCCGAGGAGAUCUCGUCCAUGGUGCUGACCAAGAUGAAAGAGAUCGCCGAGGCGUACCUGGGCUACCCGGUGACCAACGCGGUGAUCACCGUGCCGGCCUACUUCAAUGAUUCGCAGCGCCAGGCCACCAAGGAUGCGGGGGUGAUCGCGGGGCUGAACGUGCUGCGGAUCAUCAACGAGCCCACGGCUGCCGCCAUCGCCUACGGCCUGGACAGGACCGGCAAGGGGGAGCGCAACGUGCUCAUCUUUGACCUGGGCGGGGGCACCUUCGACGUGUCCAUCCUGACGAUCGACGAUGGCAUCUUCGAGGUGAAGGCCACUGCCGGGGACACCCACCUGGGUGGGGAGGACUUCGACAACCGGCUGGUGAACCACUUCGUGGAAGAGUUCAAGAGGAAACACAAGAAGGACAUCAGCCAGAACAAGCGAGCCGUGCGGCGACUGCGCACCGCCUGCGAGAGGGCCAAGAGGACCCUGUCGUCCAGCACCCAGGCCAGCCUGGAGAUCGACUCCCUGUUUGAGGGCAUCGACUUCUACACGUCCAUCACCAGGGCGAGGUUUGAGGAGCUGUGCUCAGACCUGUUCCGAAGCACCCUGGAGCCGGUGGAGAAGGCUCUGCGGGACGCCAAGCUGGACAAGGCCCAGAUCCACGACCUGGUCCUGGUCGGGGGCUCCACGCGCAUCCCCAAGGUGCAGAAGCUGCUGCAGGACUUCUUCAACGGGCGCGACCUCAACAAGAGCAUCAAUCCCGACGAGGCGGUGGCCUACGGGGCGGCGGUGCAGGCAGCUAUCCUGAUGGGGGACAAGUCGGAGAACGUGCAAGACCUGCUGCUGCUGGACGUGGCUCCCCUGUCGCUGGGGCUGGAGACGGCCGGGGGCGUGAUGACUGCCCUGAUCAAGCGCAACUCCACCAUCCCCACCAAGCAGACGCAGAUCUUCACCACGUACUCCGACAACCAACCCGGGGUUCUGAUCCAGGUGUACGAGGGCGAGAGGGCCAUGACCCGGGACAACAACCUGCUGGGCCGUUUCGAGCUGAGCGGCAUCCCUCCGGCCCCCAGGGGCGUGCCCCAGAUCGAGGUGACCUUUGACAUCGACGCCAAUGGCAUCCUGAACGUCACGGCCACGGACAAGAGCACCGGCAAGGCCAACAAGAUCACCAUCACCAAUGACAAGGGCCGCCUGAGCAAGGAGGAGAUCGAGCGCAUGGUGCAGGAGGCGGAGAAGUACAAAGCGGAGGACGAGGUGCAGCGCGAGAGGGCGUCUGCCAAGAACGCCCUGGAGUCGUACGCCUUCAACAUGAAGAGCGCCGUGGAGGACGAGGGGCUCAGGGGCAAGAUCAGCGAGGCUGACAAGAAGAAGGUGCUGGACAAGUGUCAAGAGGUCAUUUCCUGGCUGGAUGCCAACACCCUGGCGGAGAAGGACGAGUUUGAGCACAAGAGGAAGGAGCUGGAGCAGGUGUGUAACCCCAUCAUCAGCGGACUGUACCAGGGUGCGGGUGGCCCCGGGGCUGGCGGCUUCGGGGCUCAGGCCCCCAAGGGGGGCUCUGGGUCUGGCCCCACCAUUGAGGAGGUGGAUUAGGAUGCCCUUUCUUCUUCCUUUCACCCUGUUUGUGGUGGAGGGAGAUGGUUUGGACUCAAAAGACUUUGCUGUUGUCCUAUGUAUUUUUUUCUACUUCAGCACUCUAGUACUAGUAAAGUUGUAAUCUGAUGGUAAUCAGCUGGCUUCAUUAUGUUUUUAUAGUAUAACCAAUAUGUUCGUUAGAGAUCUUUGCAUUUCAUGAAAGUUUUACUUUGAGUUUCUCUCAAAUGAAUCAGCACUGCCACCUUCUGUACUUUUUUUGCUUUGCAAAACACACUACAAAGGGAAUGUGUGGCUUUAUAAUUUUACAUAAGUAUAAAAAAUAAAAUAUUGAACAUA